AUGAAGAAACCUUCAAGUUCUCUUCACUGGAGAAUAAAUUCUAUUUUCACCAUCAAGGCACUAGAGAUCCUGAAAGCCAUAGUACUAACUGAACAAAAUUGGAAAAAUACUAAGUCCUUCUUAAUAGCCAGCGGUUCCCUUAGUUCUAUCCUAGCUAUACAAAACCAAGGGGCAUCAAAUGAAAUAAUAAAAAACAUACAAGAAAGAGCCUCUUCCCUUGCCCCCCGUUCGGUAACCUUCUUGUGGAUUCCUGCCCACAGAAACAUACCAGGAAAUGAAAAAGCUGAUGUAGCAGCUAAAGAGGCCGCCACCAACAUCAAUAUCCCCAGAAUAGACCUCUCAUCUUUCAAGGACACUGCCCGAAACGCCUUAAAAAGUAGCAAAAAACUUCACCAACGACUCUGGGACCAGGAACUGAACAACAAGUUAUACCAAAUAAAACCGUUUUCGUCACCUAACUCGAAUCCUCCCUCAAGUACGAAAAGACAACAAGUGAUAUGGACACGGAUAAAAAUUGGACUCACAAACAUCACACACGUCCACUUAAUGAGAAGAUAG